GUUGUCUUGUCUGAUUUUAACCGGUCAACAAAGAACAGCUUGAGCUUCUUCUCUAUUGAAGAAUCAUAGUAGCAUCACAAUACGGUGAAGCUCUCUACUUGAAUCGUCUUCUUCUUCUUCCACAGACGUCACACGCUUUUUUCAAUCAGAAUGGUCGACUUGUCUACACUAUCUCCUUCGGAGAUCACGGUGAUGGGAUCCGUGUUCUGCGUCUUGCUCUCGAUGCACUUCACCAUGCAGCUCAUAUCACAGCACCUCUUCUACUGGAAGAACCCUAAAGAGCAGAAAGCCAUUCUCAUCAUUGUCCUCAUGGCUCCUGUUUACGCCAUCACCUCCUUUUUGGGCUUGCUUGAUGCCAAAGGAAGCAAACCCUUCUUCAUGUUCCUAGUCGCCGUUAAAGAUUGCUAUGAGGCACUUGUCAUUGCUAAGUUCUUGGCGUUGAUGUAUAGCUACCUCAACAUAUCCAUGAGCGGACAGAUCAUCCCUGAUGAGAUUAAAGGGAGAGAGAUUCACCACUCGUUUCCAAUGACGCUAUUCGUUCCUCAGACAACGCAUCUGGAUCACAGCACGCUGACGCAGCUCAAGCAUUGGACGUGGCAGUUCUGUAUCAUCCGCCCUGUGUGUUCUUUCUUGAUGAUAUCACUGCAGCUUCUCGGGGUUUAUCCACCGUGGCUGAGCUGGAUCUUCACCGUUGUUCUAAACGUUUCGGUGUACUUGGCUUUGUAUUCUUUGGUGAAGUUUUUUCAUGUUUUUGCUAAAGAGUUGGAGCCUCAUAAGCCGCUUACAAAGUUCAUGUGCAUUCAAGGGAUAGUCUUCUUCUGCUUUUGGCAGGGCGUAGUGCUGGAGGUAUUGGUGGGGUUGGGGUUAAUAAAGUCGCAUCACUUCUGGUUGGAGGUGGAGCAGCUUGGGGAAGCUCUGCAGAACGUGCUUGUGGUUCUUGAGAUGAUUGUGUUCUCCGUUAUGCAGCAAUACGCUUUCCACGUUGCUCCUUAUAGUGGGGAAACCGAAGCUAAGAUGAGAAUGAACAAGAGAGAUUGAUUCCUGAAAGAGAAGAUUUAGACCAGAGAAGUUUUUUUUUGUUGUUGUUAAUGUGAAUGUUACUGAUUUUCUCUUACGAACAACAUGGAUAGUGGUUAAUAAUGUAUCUUUUGUUAUCUG